AUGCUUUGGAACAACAGCUCUUUCCGGGAGGUGGUCAAUCACUUUAAAAAAGCAAAUGCAUUCACUGUGACAAGCGGUGAAGCCCAUGAGGCUAAAGCUGGUGAAGUGGCUUGUGAUGUCUGCUCAGAGGACAUCACCAUCGACCCUGACACUGCAGGACUCUGGCUCAUCAUCAAGAAGUCUCCAAAGAAACAGAAAGUUCCAGGCAGCCCAGCAAGAUUCACAAAAAACCCUUUUGAUCUUGCGAUGAAGGGUCAAUCCACAGUGCAGAUCCAGGUUCAAGACCUGGCUGGAACACAGAGGUCUGGAGAUAGGGACAUGCAUCCCUCAUUCACCUUUUUGCUUAGGGAAGAGGGGUGCACUGGUCAAGCCUGUCAUCCAGGGGAGCAGGGUUUGAAUUCCAGUGCUGGCAUCCCAGGUCUUCCACACACAGAGGAGCAGCCAACACGGUCACCCACCCACUACGUGCCUCCCAACAAAAUAAAAUCUAAAAACCAGGCAGGCGUAAGCUCUCCAGGCCUUUCCGGCCGUGUCCUCUCCGAGGAUCAGUUCAGCUGCUCCAUCUGCCUGGAGGUGUUCGUCGAGCCCGUCUCCACCCCUUGUGGCCACAGCUUCUGCAAGGCCUGCCUGCAGGGCUACUGGAACCACAGCAAGAAGUUCACCUGCCCCAUGUGCAAGAAAAGCUACUCCAGAAAACCAGAGAUGAGCGUCAACAGGGUCCUGGCUGAAAUCUCCUCCCAGUUCCAGGGGCUGAUGGUAGCUGGGGGAGCUGGAGGGGUCGGGGGAGCCGGGACAGCCUCGCGAGGAUCCACGCUGAAUCUGAACUCAGAUACAGGUCAUGGAGGCUCUCCAGGGCUUGACACUGGGGAGUUUGCUCAGGCUGGGGAGGUUCCCUGUGAUGCCUGUAUUGGGAGGAAGUUAAAGGCACACAAGUCUUGUGUAAACUGCCCCGGAUCAUUCUGUGAGACCCACCUCAGACAUCAUAAAAAGGUAAAGUCUCUGACAUCUCAUCGUCUGAUCGAACCUACCUUCCACCUGGAGGAAAAGAUCUGUAAGAAACAUGAACGUCUCCUGGAGGUCUACUGCCGCACCGACCAUACCUGCAUCUGCACGGCCUGCGCUGAAACUGCACACAAAUCCCACGAGAUCGUCACUGCUGACCAUGAGUGGAAGAAGAAGAUGAGUAAUCUGGGAAAGAAGAGAUCAGAGCUGAAACAUUUGAUCAAAGAGAGAGCCAAGAAACUGGAGGAAAUCAAACAAUCCAUCAAGGUUAUCAAGGCCAGUGCUCAGAAGGAGUUGGAGGAGAGUUGGCAGGUGUACGCCGAGCUGCAGCGCCUGGUGGAGCAUAGUCAGGCGGAGCUGGUGGAGCUGAUCGCCACACGGCAACGUGAGGCCGAGCGUCACGCUCAGGAGCUGGCUCGAGGUUUGGAGAAUGAACUGAGCCAGCUGAGGAGGAGGAGCAACGAGCUGGAGGCCUUUGCACAGACCCAGGACAAAGUGAUCUUCCUCCAGAACCUGAACACGCUGCAGCCCCCUCCCGAGGCCUCUGAUUGGUCAGCGGUCAGCAUCAACACUGACCUCUAUCUGGGAACCAUCAGCUCCUCCGUCAGCAGCCUCAUCGACAAGUUCCAGGAGGAGCUUAAAAGACUGUAUGGGAAAGAGCUGCGGAAGGUGCAGAACUACUCAAGUGAGGUGAUUUUAGACCCCGCCACUGCUCAAAAAAACCUGGUCGUAUCUGAUGACGGUCGCCAGGUGAGGUAUGAAGAGCGUAAAUCCUCUCACACUGAAGGCCCGAGACGCUUCAGCCCAGCCCUCUUCGUCCUGAGCAGAGAGGGUCUCAACUCCGGACGCCACUACUGGGAGAUGGACGUGGCACGCAAGACAGCCUGGACCCUCGGUGUGACCAGUGCAUCAGCCCGUCGCAAGGGUGAGAUUAAACUGAGUCCAGAUGGUGGAUACUGGUGUCUGUGGCUGAAGAACGGCGAGGUGAAGGCUCUGGCAUCGUCCCGUCUGCUUCUACUGCUGCCUUCUCCACCCAGUAAAGUGGGAAUCUACCUGGAUUAUGAAGGAGGCCAGAUCUCUUUCUAUGAUGUGAAGGCACGCCUGCAUCUCUACACCUUCAUGGACACCUUUAACGAGAGUCUGUACCCUAUCUUCAGCCCCUGCCUCAACCAGGAGGGGAAGAACUCCUCUCCUCUCGUUAUAACCCCUGUUAAACACACCUGA